GCUGUGCUGAAAACAAAACAAGACAAGCAGCGACUGGUGAGUGCUCAAACACAGCGGACUCUCUGCCUGCUCUUACCGAACACGAAGCUGGCUGUGACUGCACCAUGAUGGAUGAGCUGGUGCAGGACCUGGUGUCUGCUCUGGAGCAGACCUCAGAGCAAAGCAAGCUGGGAGAGCUGUGGGAGGAAAUGGUCCUGAGUCCUCUGCGGCAACGCCGGCAGAUCCGCCGCCGCAGAAGCCGCAAGCGCUGUCGAGAAUCCUCCCUCUAUCCGUUGGAGCACAGACGGUGCUGGAUUGAGGCCUCAGAGUCCAGCUUGGACGAGACUAAAGAAUACAGGGGGAACCCUUCCUCGACCAUCGCUGCCUCCAUGGCCAACUGCAGUGACUCUGACGACAUGACAUCAACCAACCGAUGGCGCUCCGUCAAGAGAGGCCCGGUCAGGACUCGGCAGCCGUCCUGGCCAGAGUCUGACUCCUUCACCGAGAACAACCCGGGGCGGCCGCUGAGGAGGCGGAGGAAGGUCAAACGCAUGGCCUCCGACGUCACUGUGAGGCUGCAGCAGAAGUUAAAGGUUUCUGGUGUCGAUGGGAAACGGAGACACAGGCCGUCGAGGAUGCAGCAUCUGUCAGGAUCGAAGAAGAGGGCUGGUAGUUGGGUGGGAGCAGACCGGCAGACUGAAGGAGCCAGGCUGAUGGGAAAGGAGCGCUGGAAGAGAAAGAUGGCCAAGGAACACAGAGAUGCUGCAGAUGAGAACAUGUCUGAAGGGGAAACCAGCAGCACAUGCAGCAGCGACCCUGGCCUGUUCACCAAUGAUGAAGGCAGACAAGGCGACGACGAGCAGAGUGACUGGUUCUUCGAGGGGGACUGCGGAGUCGGGACGGGCGUUGCCGGCCUGCUGCCCAGCUGGGACUCAGACAGCCAGCUGUCCCUUGAGGGAAACCGUCCCUCGCCCACCUUCCUGCAGCCUGCACGACCCUCUCAGAGAGGGUAUCGGUAUCAUUCACGUCUGAAACGAGUGCCUGGCUCUGCUGCCUGCUGCAUCAGGAAGGAUCGGAGGCGGCUUCCCAGCAAGGGCAACAGCAUGCCGGUGUUUGUAGAGAGACUGAGACACUUCUCCCGAGAUCCUUACCAGAGAGACUUUUGGCUGCCUUCUGUUGGAAACCGAGACCGAAGCCAGUUGAACCCUUUGUGCCCAUUACCAGUGUGUCCUAUUGACAUGGUGUCAGAGAGCUCCCAUCUCAGAUGUUCCUCCUCAAUCUGCAGAAACAGGCAGACUAACGUCACUCCAGGACUGUUAUGCACAGGAGACUCCAGGAGGAGGAGGGAAACUGAAGCUGGGUCCAUCACAUCAGAUAUUUCCCUUCACUCCCGGCGACAAAAAGCUUUAAAGCCAGCAACCCAUUUCACAAAGAUCACCAGAGAGAGGAGGCACAUGGAGCCAGUAACACCUCAACCCUAGAGGCUGUGGGACCAGGUGCGCCGGGUCUACAGUCCUCUACUUCUGCUCAGCCUGAGAGUUUAUCUCUCCUCCAGGGGGGACCAUGAGGACACCUGAACGGAGCUGGACAAGUGCACCUAAGUGUACAAGAGCGUGCCAAAAGAAAAGCUAUUGUGCCAGAGAAUGAAAAGGCAAAAACUCCUCUUGCUGCACAAACUCAAAGACAAAGAAAAAAUACAAAGCACAUCAUUACUCCUCAAAUCAGCAUGUAACUGCUCGAUCCAGUCUUUCCAGGUAGUAUGUUAAGCAUGACAAAUGUUAAUGCAAUCAAGUUAAGCCUUCUGCCAUCUCCUCAAGGAAGAAAGCAGCUUCAAGAGGCUCCUCGUUUGACUCGAGACUCGACGGCUCCUCCUGUUUCCACACACAGCCUCCAGGCCACCUGCCACCACACAAUCCGCCAAUUAUGUCCACCCUAGUAACGCAGCGUUUGUCAGCGGGAACACCGGGAGGAUGGUCAGCUGAGGUUGGGUGGCUGCGGGAGGGGGCGAGCAUGCUCUGCUUCAAGACAGCGGCAACAAUGGCCGUGCAGCAGCACGUAGCUAUCUCCGGGACAGGAGAGCAUCAGAAUGUUUAGCUACCACAUGCUGCUAAAAGGUUCAGAGAGGCGACCACCGGUGGCGAGCCACACAAAGUACAGGCCUCCUAUUAGCAUGGAUUUGAAAAGCUACAGUUUGUACAAAGGUGCUCAUUAGCACAACACAGAGGGAGUGUAGUAGCGGUCCUCGGAGGGCCGCCUCUGUUCUCUCCAGCUCACCUUCCAUAUUCAAAUGUCCCCAAAUGUAUUUAAGUUCAAGGCCAGCUGCAAAUCUGUCUGAGCGGCCUGUUUUUCAGCAGCGGUGGAUUAGUUGCUGUUGGGGCUGUGCAGAGGGUGGAUGACAGCCAGCAGAAGGGAGUCAGAGGAGAGUCGCACGCUGUCUUUUCACCUACCCUUGGGGUAUACAUUUCUCCGGCUCCCUCGGCAUCAGAUGCGUUAAAUGAUCAAUGGCGGCAUACAGUGAGAUCAAACGCGACAGUUCUUGCCGAGCUGGUAAACACUCAGUGUUUUCAGAAAAAUGCAUUUUUAUGUAGGAGUCAAGCGAAGUACAAUCUGCUUGACCUAAACCACGCAGGUGACAACAGGAACUCACACUCCUAGGAAAAAUUAAAUCCCCUCUGCUGGAGCGUCUUAAAAAGGUAUUUUCCAGCGAAAUGUGAAACAAAAGUUUAAUUUCUUUCAAGAAAAAACCCGAAAACCUUCCAGCACCAAAAGGCACAGGUAUGCACUUUCUGUAAUGAUUACAAGAUACCUUUUUAGUGAAAUGAACUGAAUAUCGUCAGCUACAUACCGCAUGUCUUCUCAGACACUUAAGAGCCUUAUUUAAGAGAAGAAUCGUAUUUAGUAGAAUGAGAUUUGCCAAUUAACGUGAGUUAUACGUCUGCAGUAAUCCGUCUGAGAAGGCUUUAUGUGAUCAUGUUGGCCGGGGAUGACAUUUAUAAAUGCUGUGUGUGCACACUCGUCUAAAUGGAUGCCUCACACAAGACAUCCUGCCACGGGAAUCAGUCAAAGUGUUGAGACAGAGAGCACCACGCCCCGCCCACGCCCCCCCCCCCCACCCCACCCCGGGCUACGUCCACUGCAGCAACUUGACCAGGGAGCCCAGCAGCACUGUGGGCUCUUCCCACGCCAGGAGUACACACCUGAUUGAUAGGAACGGCGCAGAAGUUGAGCUUUGUAAUUAGACAAAAAGAAGCUUUUGAUAAAUACAUCGGUGGCCUCUUGAAGACAUAUACCCCUGAACACGCUGACAAGUAUUGACUGUGUAGUGUUUUAAGGAGAGCUUCUCACCGUCGCCUUAUCCGUCAGUCCGUGUUUUGGUGCCAAGGCAUUGACAGGGAAGGAAGAUGCAUCAGUUCAGAUACAGUGCCAUUAGUAGCAGGAGGGGGAACACCUCACCUGCCUCUCUGGUAAUUAGCAAUCGCCAUAAUGACACCUCAGCCAGACCGUAUGCCCCAAAAUGAUUUUCCAAUGGCCAGGAAGUGGAGGAAUGGCUUCCGUGCAGCCAGUCAAUUGCCCUGUUACAGUUAAGGAAUCCAGCAGGCUGGUACCACUCAUAUUUCAUCCCAGGUAAAGAUUACCUGUCAGGCCCAUGGGAGAUGUAUUGAUCUGUUUUCCUUUUUCCGCCAGCAAUCACCUGACAAAGGCACCUAGGAGGCGAGUGAAUGAGUGAUGCCUGGUCUGUCUGCUCCGGCGUAGUGGCUUCUAGUGUCCACUGAUGGGUGGAGAGGUGAUGAGGAAGAGGACGAGAUAAUGCAGUCAUAAACUCUGUUUGAACCUCCUCUGUAUGCAUGCAGGGCAGCCCCCUUGGUCCCCCGGGUCACAGGUCAGUGGGGAAUUUGCUUUUUUUUCGUGGCUCCUUUCUUGUCAGUGGCGUUUGUUCUUGCUGUGCGGUCUGUAGUGACGAUAGGAACACAUGCAAAGGAGGCUCUCUGGUUCCUGCUGACAAAUGUAUGUUGCGAGUCACCGCAGUUCAACUCACUUUGGGUUUCAAAAGUGAUCCGGUUUGAUCUGGGCACCCUUCUCUCAAUGAAAUCCAACCUUGUGUGGUCAGGGUUUCCUGUGACUGUCAGUGCGGCGAUGCUGCACUAGCAAUGAUCAAUAUAUUUUACAUUAUCUCAUGUUUUUGUGGCAGCUAAAAGUAUUUCUAUAUUUGCCUCGUUCAGUGGAAUGUCAGACUUGAUAUUAUCCAUGAAGCCAUGCAUUUAAAGUGAUUGCACUGUAUAAAAUGUGUAGUAUUUAUGAUGUGAUGCAUAAUUAUAGAACCAUUAAUAGAGGAUUUAGGUCUGAGGACAUUAAAUACAUAAAUUCAAUUUCAUGAUAGAUAGUAGCGUAGAUAUGUCUUUUUUUACUGUCGUAUUUUUUAAUUUCAUUUACAAGGAUUUAAAUAUAUCUCCCUGAUAUCAGGGCUCUUAGGCAGCUAUCCAUAUUUGAUAUGUAGUACAAAUAGCAUCUUAUCUCAUAGGCUGUUAUCUUUGUAUUUAAUGGCAGUGGAGGCAUGCCUAAUUGCUUUGCAAAUGAUCUAAAGAGGAUUACUCCUCCCUUAGAAAGCCUGCACGAUGUCACUAGAUGUUAAAAGAGACAUUACAAUGGUAAAAUCCAAUCAAACCUGCAGUGCAGUGUUUAUGCAGUUGCUCUGUUUUCUAUGAUCAUCACUUUAUGUCAGCAUUAACUGUCAGUAUGAGGCGGAUACUCUGCUUUUGAAUAAACUCUGUAUGAACAUGAGUAUGUGCUAUUGUGGCUAAGAAGCUGUUUCAAGAACUUUUAGUUGCAUUUAGGUCAUUUGAGUAUUUUCAAAAUGAUCCAAACUCGUUUUUUUAAAGUCGAUGUAAUGCCUUGCUUUCAUGUCAUAGGUAAUAUUAUAAUCAUUCCUCUAUGUCAUAAGUAUUUAUAGAAGAAAACCUGCAGUAUCUAUUUAUUUCAAAUACUGGCUUUGUGUGCAAUAAAUAAGUGAUCAUGAUUGUGUCAAAAACUGA